AUGGCCACCAACAUAUGCCUAGCCGUGGUGCUUUGUCGCAUAGUGAUCAUUCUUCAAAUACUCGCUAUUCCUGCCGCAUUCAAGGUGUUCUUCCUCUUCCGAGAGCGUCACUCGGAGCAACGCGAUCCAACAUCAAGUAGCGUCGAUAUUGUUAUAUCGUCUGUUUUGGUAGCCACGAUGACCGUUAUGGCGACUGCCUGGCCUUUCAUGAACCCAGUCAUGGGACAUCUACAGCCAGGCUGGUCCACGGGAGCUGUGCACCUGAGUGCACAAGGAAUUUCUGGAAAAGCAACAAGAACGAGUGAUUCUGGCGCGACACAAUCAACAACAAAGCACGUAGCGCGACUUAGAGAUCCUGAGGUCUCUGAUACCACGUUGAUCUCGACUGGGGAAUAUGAGGAUAGACAGCAAUCCGGCAACAAAUGGAUAUGGUUGAAACACUGA